UUCUUGGAGCUCUACUACGAGUGUAGUGUGUUAUGAUUUUUGGUCCAACCACCCGGGGAACUCGCAGAUGGGAGAGGAAAAGCUAGUUGGAGUGCGAUUGCCACUGAUGCUGGAACUGGUCCCCGUCUCAGUGGCUCCGUUCGGUAAACCUAUCCGAAUCUCCGUCUGAGAACUUGAAUCAGAAAUAAAAAGAGGAAGCCAGCUAAAGAGCUGGUCCCAACCAAACGGUUUGUUUGUCCACCACUUCUGUUAACAAAAUGCAGAACGAAACAAAGCAGUGACAGCAAGUGCGACCAGCUAAGAGAAGAAAUUACCAAAGACGAAAAGAAAAUAAAUUAAAAGUGAAACUAUUCGACGGAAGCAGGAGAUUGAAAGGUAACGGAAACUGAAGCGGAAACGGAAAGCGGUCGCAGGCAGUUGGAAAAAUAGCAUUGCAUUCUUUUGGGCGCACAAAGAAAAUGAGCGCAAAGAUGACACGCUACAAGCAGACCGAAUUCACGGAAGACGAUUCCAGCUCAAUUGGCGGAAUCCAACUCAACGAGGCGACCGGCCACACUGGCAUGCAGAUACGCUAUCACACCGCACGAGCCACAUGGAACUGGCGUUCAAGGAACAAGACGGAGAAAUGGCUGCUCAUCACGACCUUUGCUAUGGCCAUUAUGAUCUUCACUCUACUGAUUGUCCUUUUCGCAGAUGGAGGGACUGGGGAUCAGAAGAAGCAUGUCCUUCAUGUGCAGCCACACCAGAAGGAGUGUCCUUCUGGCAACGAGCUUCCCUGCCUCAACGAGCAUUGCAUUUUCGCCUCCAGUGAGAUUCUCAAGUCCAUUGAUGUCACUGUGGAUCCCUGCGAUGAUUUCUACGGCUAUGCUUGCAAUCAGUGGAUCAAAAACAAUCCCAUCCCUGAGGGGAAAUCAACUUGGGGAACAUUUGGCAAGCUGGAGCAGAUGAAUCAACUCAUAAUCCGUAAUGUUUUGGAGAAACCGGCCGACAGUUUCAAGUCAGAUGCCGAGCGAAAGGCCAAAAUCUACUAUGAAUCCUGCCUGGAUGCAGACGAGCAUAUGGAGAAAUUGGGGGCCAAGCCCAUGAAUGAUUUGCUGCUCAAGAUUGGAGGCUGGAACGUGACAAAAAGCGGCUACAAUAUCACCAAUUGGUCAAUGGGUCAAACCCUCAAGAUUUUGCACAAUAGAUACAAUUUCAACUGCCUGUUCAGCUGGGCCAUUGGCGAGGACGACAAGAACUCCUCCCGCCACGUUAUCCAGAUUGACCAGGGAGGCCUGACCCUUCCCACCGCUGACUACUACAACAACAAGACCGAGAACCAUCGCAAAGUGCUCAACGAGUACAUCGAAUACAUGACCAAAGUCUGCGUUCUGUUGGGAGCCAACGAAACCGAGGCCCGUGCCCAAAUGGUGGGCGUGAUCAACUUUGAGAAGAAGCUGGCCAACAUCACCAUUCCGCAGGAGGAUCGCCGAAACGAGGAGGCCAUGUACCACUCGAUGACGCUGCGGCAGCUGGCCAAGUUGGCUCCGUUCCUCAACUGGACUGCGCACUUCGACGAUGCCAUGAAAAUGGUGGGACAGCGGGUAACCGACGAGGAGGUAGUCGUGGUCUAUGCUCCUGAUUUCCUAAAGAAUCUUUCGGAUAUUAUUCUGAAAAUGGAAAAAACCGAUGAGGGGAAGAUCACCCUCAACAACUAUCUUAUUUGGCAGGCGGUUCGAACCCUAACCAGUUGCCUAUCGAAACCCUUCCGGGACGCCUACAAGGGAGUGCGAAAGGCCCUCAUGGGCUCCGAUGGCGGGGAGGAAAUCUGGAGAUAUUGCGUAUCCGACACCAACAACGUGGUGGGAUUCGCCGUUGGUGCCAUCUUUGUGCGUCAGGCUUUUCAUGGGGAGUCCAAGCCGGCAGCCGAGCAAAUGAUUGGUGAAAUCCGGGACGCCUUCAAGCGGAACCUCCAGAACCUCACCUGGGUGGACAAACAGACGCGGGAACGGGCCAUCGAGAAGGCCAAUGAGAUCUCCGACAUGAUUGGCUUUCCCGACUACAUCCUUGACCCCACUGAGCUGGAUAAGAAGUACGCCGAGCUGAACAUCACGGCCAAUGCCUAUUUCGAGAACAACAUCCAGGUGGCGAUCUACAACUUGAAGAGCAACCUGAAGCGUCUGGACCAGCCGGUCAACAAGACGAACUGGGGCAUGACUCCCCAGACCGUGAAUGCCUAUUACACGCCGACCAAGAACCAAAUAGUGUUUCCCGCUGGUAUCCUCCAGACGCCCUUCUUCGACAUAAACAACCCCAAGAGCCUGAACUUCGGGGCUAUGGGCGUGGUAAUGGGCCACGAACUGACACACGCCUUCGACGACCAGGGAAGGGAGUACGACAAGUUCGGAAACAUCAACCGCUGGUGGGACGCGAAGAGCAUUGAGCGCUUCAACGAGAAGUCCGAGUGCAUAGCCCGCCAGUACAGUGGCUACAAGAUGAACAAGCGGAACCUGAAUGGCAAGCAGACAUUGGGAGAAAACAUAGCAGACAAUGGCGGCCUCAAGGCGGCCUAUCACGCCUACCUGCGAACCAAGAGCGAGAAGGAGGCGGAUAUUUUGAAGUUGCCAGGAUUGAAUCUUACGCACUCGCAGCUAUUCUUCGUAUCCUUUGCCCAGGUCUGGUGUUCCAGCACCACUGAAGAAACGAACCUUCUGCAAAUGGAAAAGGACCCCCACUCGCCGUCGCAGUUCCGCGUGAUCGGGACACUCUCGAAUAUGAAGGAGUUCGCUGAGGUCUUUCAGUGCCAGGCCGGGAAGCGAAUGAAUCCCACCGACAAGUGCGAGGUGUGGUAAAGGGAGAUGCCAAGGUCACAAGGUCGAAAGGUCACAUGAUCUCAACAAGAUUUAAAGCCAAAAAGAAACAAAAGAAAGAAGAUAAAUCUAAAAACCAAAGUGACAUCCUGGACUGGAAAACUGUCUUUAUCAAGGUCCUGUACAUCCCGAAUCCGGGAUUUUAGUAUAUUUUUAUUUAUAAGUUACCUUUUAUGUCUUUUUGUAUUGUUUUCUCCCCCUUGUUUGGGUAUUUUACGGAGAUACCAACCGUCAGUCACUGUGCCUAUGAAAUUUAUAGAAACUGACGAUAAAUUCCAGGCUCAGGCCUAAAGAUCCCUGAGCUAAAUAGUCAUAUAUAGUCAGAGUCUGACCGAUAUAUAUAUAUAUAAAUAUAUACAUAGAUAACGAUAACUGUAACUUAGCUAUUUGUAGAACUAUUAAUGUAUAUUGUAUUAUAAAGAUACAAACAAAAAGAAAGAUAAAGAAAUCAGAAACCAAA